AUGUUUGGGAAAUUUAAAGGAGCUCAAAAAUGCCUGCAAACAUUGAUAGGCCGUAGCGUUCCGCACAUUUCAUGUCAGGGUCACCGAUCUAAUACAUUCAUCGAACACUGCUCGAAAACAACGUUGUUUACUCAGAUGUAUGACCUAUUGGAAGCAUUCUAUAUCUUCUUCAGUAAAAGUUGCAAGCGAGAUGAUGUUCUUCGUAAAGAGCUGAAGAAAAAAGAGAAUGCGCUUAAGCUGCGUAACCUUUCCAAGACUCGCUGGGUGUACAUUAUGAAGAUUACCAAAAUGCUUACCAUUCAAAUGCAGAAGGAAGAGCUUAACAUUUUAGAUGCUCUCAUGGCAAUCGAAGAAACUGUUGCUUCUUUAGAAACGAUAAGAAGAAACGAGUUAGAAGUGAAUAACCAAGUGAAAGCUAGUGUUGAAUUUGCAAAAUCGUUCGAUCAGGAUCCUGAAGAGGACUUUCGUCGCAAAAGAGUGAGAAGGAUGAGCAGAGGACAGGAUGACAACCCAGAUACCGCAGCUUCCAUUGAGAUUUUUUCCCACUACUGA